UCUAACCAUGGUGCAAGAAGAACCCAUUUAGGUGAUGAUGCUAUCCGCAUUCCUGUGGAAGGAGUGCGUCCGCAAAUGCUUUGCACCGAGAUGUGGAGAGGGCUGCUUGUUACCGAGCAAUCGCAAGCCACCGUUUUCGGGUGCCAUCCAACUACGUCAGAAACAAGUGGCAAGCACGCAUCAACCUUGGCCGCUAAUUGGUUCUGUGUGCCUUGGCACCUUUCUUGAGUACUGAAAGAUGGCGCCCUAAUAUGGAGGCAAGCUUAUACAGCGCAUGCCCAGCGGCGAACACAAUCUGGACGGCCACCUAAAUGGGUUCUUCGUACACCACAAUUGUAACUCGAAGAGGGUCGGAAGAUAUAACACUGUUAUCAUUGUCUGUGCUUGUAUUGCCACGCGCAUCAACGCAAGCGGGCACAUAGCCUAGUGGUCACCGUGCGCGGCUUCCACGAAGAAGACCGAGGUUCGAACCCGGGCAGCGGACACACUUUUUUUUUAACGUUCUUGUGAAUUCGAGAACCUUCCCUCAUGUUCAUAAUCAGAAUGUCCUAUGCGCCGAACUUUCUACGCCGAUUGCUCGAAGGCCAGACAUGUAUAAUAAGGGCUCUGUGUGACGAGCUGGAGUCGAUCUUGCUCAAGCGCUUGACACUGCUGCUACGCCGACGCCUGCGGCGCUACUUAUUAUUUUGUUUUGGCACAAGUUCGCCUUAUUAAACAUUCAGUUUCUUUCGUUCUUUCUCGCCUCUUCAUCAGUCAUUCGUGACAGUAUUAAAGAAAUAUCUACUCACGCAUGCUAUCCUUUCAUUUCAAGAACUGUCCAUGGCUAACAGCUGCAGAGAUGACUUCAGCAACGAAGAUUGCCAGAGUCCUGGAGCUGAAUGUGAGGCCGAUGCCGACCCUGCCACAGUUGCAGCCGCUUCCGGACUGGCCCCCUUUACCAGUGCUGGUGUGAACAGCGCAGCCACCAUCAUGGAUGUUGAAGAGGAGCUGUGUCACCUCAAGCGAGAUAUCGGUGUUCAAGUGAACACAUGGACUGAGGGGAGAAGACAACUGAUUACCAUCUCCACUGUUAAGGACGAACAGGCACUGUUAGUGCUAACGGGCAUCUCGAGCUUGGAGCUGUUCUAUAACAUUGCCAAUUUGUUCACCGACGCUCGGAGGAAACAGUCGAAGAGGAGCUUCUCACUUAGCAAUGAGGAUGUUAUCCUGCUCGUCUUCACCAAACUUUACCACAAUGUGUCUUUUUCGCUGCUGGCCGUCCUGUUUGACGUACACCGCACUACGGCGUCGAGUAUUUUUAAGGAGGCCAUUGUACUGCUAGCAUCUGUGCUCGGGCAUGCAAUCUACUGGCCUGACAAGGACCACGUCACUGCAUGCCUCACGAAGCACUUCGAUAAAUACCGCAUGACAAGGAUGGUCUUGGACUGCACAGAGAUUGCAAUUGAGCGACCAAAAGACCUGCCAUCACAGAUCUUAACGUACAGCAUUUACAAAAAAACCUAUACUGCUAAGAUUUUGAUUUGCACAACCCCUGGAGGCCUCAUUAGCUAUGUGAGCCGUGCCUACGGAGGUAGGACCUCCGACACACACAUAACCCGGGAAAGCGAAGUUCUGACCAAAUGUGAGCCCCACAUUGACAAGGUCAUGGUAGAUAGGGGCUUUUUAAUUGAAGACUUGUGCUAUGAGCAUGGGCUCGAGAUGAUCCGGCCACCUUUUCUUGGCCAGAAGAAGCAGCUGUCGCCUGGUGACGCAAAAAGAAAUGCCAGCAUUGCGAGUGCCAGAGUGCAUGUAGAAAGAAGCAUUCAGCGCAUCAAACGCUUCAAGAUCCUGCAGCAGCGGUUCCCACUUGAUCUGCUUGCAUACCUUGACAGCAUUGUUACUACGCUUGCAGGAAUUGUAAAUAUCUCGAAGCCACUGUUUGCAGACGACAAAUAUUUGUUUCCGUGAAAGCUGAGUUCCAUGCCAGCGACACGUUUUCUUUUACUUUUAGCUUCUCAGUAACUUUUGCUCGAAAUACAGUAAUAACAAUAAAGUUUGGCGUCAAGUUCUACUAGCUUUUUUUUUGUGCAUGUUCAAUGCCCAAGGCUCUAGUCAUAGAUACUGAAUUGCAAAUCGAAGAAAACGGGUGUAAUCACUAAUCCCAUGAUGGAGGCACG